CACAUGCAUAUUUGCUUUAACUAUUAUUAUCUUUCUCUAAACAUAUAUCUUUUUCUGAUCUUUCAUGACAUCGAAUGGUUAUAGCACGAUCAGGAGGCGUUUCAAAACCACGAAGACAAGCACCUGUCUUCCAAGGCAAAGUCAUUACGAAAAAGAAACAAAAGCUUCAUGACAGAGCUAUAAAGAUGGAAAAGCGCUAUUUGCAUCAAAAGGGAUAUUUGGAAGCUCCUGAAGAAGACAUGGAAGAAGCAAAACUAAAAUGAAAGGAUAGAUGCGAGUGCACUUGUCGUGUCUCAAAAGCAAAAGGUGGUUGUCCAAGUUCCUGCUGAAGUUUUGCAAGCUGCUGCAGCAGGACCUGGUACCACUUUGGGUCAACCACGUUAAAACAAUCAACUACUACUACUACUACUACGAAACACGACGAACACUACGCAGAAAAAAAAACAUACAGGCAUUCU